AGGAUCGAGUCGCUGAGUGGGGUCUUUCGUCCUAUUGUUUCUUACAAUAGGAAGUUUGAAGCCGGAGGCGAUUGGUCAAAAAAAUGCCAGAGGAGAUGGCGGACGGUGGGAGAAGGUUCGUGACGAUCGACGAUCUCAUCGAUGCCUUAGACAAGCGCGAGAGGGCGCCAAGCAAUAUCCCAAAGGUUGAGACAUUUCACUUCAAGGGGGAUCAGGUAUCUGACUGGUUGGAUCUGACAGAGCAGGCGUUGGUGGGGCUGUCAGAUGAGGUCAAGCUCCAGCGGGUCCUGAGGUACGUCCUGCAUAGUCACCAUCGGGAAGUAAGUAAGGUCGUGGACGCCGCCGGUGGCAGUUGGACAAAGUUUGGGGACCUAAUGCGAAGGAAGUACAGGCUGGGGGAUGGCCUGUUGACCAUGGCCGACUUGGAGGCCAUGAACAAGGAAGACUUUUCUACCAUUGGGGCGUUCGUGCACGAGUUUAAGAAAAAGGCGACGAAAGUGCAUGGGAUUUCUGAGGAGGCGCAAUGCGCCACAUUUUUGGGGUUGCUUACGGGCUCGGAGGCCACAGAGCUGACCAAGUAUGGGGAAGGGAGCGAGAGGCUCACCUGGGCAACCAUUGACAAGGGAGUGGAAGAAGGGAGCCUAGACCAGGUGGAGCAGCACCAAAUGAGGCUGCAAAGGCGCAAGUGGAAGGAGAGGGAUGCUACCGCAUCCGGGACCCCAGGGGUGAAGAGAAUUGUCACGGACGUGUUGGCGGCACUGGGGUAUGAUAACGAAGCGAAGAUACAGAAAAGAGGGAUGCUAGUGGCCCAAGGCCGGGGGUCAGGGGCAGUGGAUGAGGAGGCUGGGCAAGAAGACUACGGCGGAGGGGAGACAGGUUCCCAAGUCCUGACUAAAGCCCAGAGGAAGCAGCGCAAUUUGCUGCAGGGAGGGCAGGGGUUAGGGAAGGGGCAGGCUCCCCAAGCCAUUGCCGCACCACUGCCCGUCGCCGAGGCCGCGCCAGCGCCAGCAGGACCAUCGCACAUGGGGCCGCCACCAGCUUGCGGGCACUGGGUGCCGCAUUGUCAGUCCGCGCCCUGGCCCAGUUGCAACCACUGUGUCUCGUGUGGAGGGAGUCAGGCCCACACGGGACACAUGGUCCCCUAUUCGGGCCCAUCAGCAAGUAUGGGCCCCCCGAGCUACCCGGCGACUCAAAGCCAGCCUGUGGCUCAACCGCCUCCCUCCCAACAGGCCUCGCAAGCUAGUGUGGCCGGGGGAGGGGGCCAAGGGCAAGGCGGGCAGGGCAAUGGGGGCCGGGGCCAAGGGGGUAGAGGAGGGGGCGGCCGCGGCCGAGGGGGAAAUGGUGGAGGCCGUGGGGGAGGUUGGAAUGGUCAGGGGGGCCAGAACCAAGGUGGCCAAGGCAGCCAGGGGGGGGCCAAGGGUACGGGAGGCCCAACUUCGACUGGCGGAACGCAACUUGUUGGCAUUAUGGCGAGGUGGGCCACACCGUACGAUUCUGCCAACAGCGGCGGGACGACGACUUGGCAGGACUGAUUUCCUCCUGUAUGUACGGGGACAUAUACGAUCGAUGGGGGAAGCACAUCGAUCCCAAGACUCCGGGAGGAAUCAGGCAGGAAGCCCUUAGGCGAGCGGCGACAGGGCCGCCAACAGCCCCGGCUAUGUUUAGAAUAUGGCAAGAAAGGUAGGAUCCGGGUGUGAGAAUCGAGGAGAUUGUGGACGAAAAUGAGGAGGUGACUCAACAACUAAAGGCAGGAACUAUAAAGGAGGAGCCUAUAGUUGUUGAGUCCGACGAUGAGGUGCUGGAGGUGGUGAGAGAGUCCGCCUCGACCAUCCUGGAAUGGAUGGAGGGCCUGCUUGCAAAAGUCGGCAGGUACCAGGAGCAAUUAAGGGUGAUGUGUGAAGAGGCCCGGGAAUGGGAAAUGAACCUUCCUGAAAUAA